CCAAGCAAUGUUGUAGCCGUCUCAUCUCUACAUUAAAACCACCUGAACCAGAAUACCUAUCGAUCUUAUUCUUAUUCCAAUGGACCACACGGAUAAAACAUGGUGUCAGAGUACUUUUGGUGCUAUUUAAAGUGACUUUCACAUAAGGAUGUAUGAGGAUUUAUAAACUUUUGUCAUCACCCUCUGGAAAAAGACUUGACUCUUGCUGAGAACAAUAGAUUCCAACAUGGCUGCCAUGAAAAGGGGUGGAUCCUGGAAAAAAAGUUAAUUUUAAUCCGAAUUCAGCAAAUGGAAUAGGAAAACGAUAGUACGAACGGAAAUAACUAUAACAUUCCGAAAAUGAGGAGAUCCAGCCGGAGGGCGCAAAGUUCAUCUUUCGAUGUUCCAUCUUAUCAAGAUUUUUUGGAGAAAGGAACUGAUUCAGCAGGAUUCAAAAGGCGAUAUAUUGGCGAGUAUAUCGGAUGGGGUGUCUUCGCUACUAAGAAACAUCUGAAAGGCUCAUUCCUUCUCAUGUACCAUGGAGUUUUGAUAAAAGAAGAUGAAGCAAGGCGCAGAGAGAAAAGCUACGACAAAACCAAGAAAGGAUCUUUCAUGUUUUACUUCAAACAUAACACGAGCACGUUAUGUGUGGAUGCAACUAAAGACGACGGUACCUUAGGAAGGUUAGUUAAUGAUGCCUGGAGAGGAGCAGCCAACUGUUCAAUGAAGAAGGUUUCAACAGAAAAAGGGAGUCCAGCUCUAUGCCUAUUCGCUAACCGCGAUAUAGAAAUUGGCGAAGAGCUGCGAUACGACUACGGGGUGGACGAUCUGCCAUGGAGACAACAAAAGAAUGCUGCAACUCGUUCAUUCCCUGAACUGGAUGUGAAACAAAUUGAUAAAUCAGACGCAGUUCAAAGGCCUGUUGGUGAAAUAAGGACAACACCACCUGAUGAGAUGGAUAAUGAAAUUAACCCUGGCACAUCUGUUGCAAUCACAACCUCGGAAGUUUUACACCUUGAAAAACAUGAACAUGGAACCAAGGAGUCAGAUGAAGGUGAAACCAAGGAGUCCAGGAAAAACCUUGUUAUGGACGAUUUCCACCACCAGAUGUGUGCAGAGAAUGCUAAAGUGAGGAAUACAAGCUUAUGCAUGAAGAAAUGUGCCAAGGAGAGCAGUGCGGACAUGUCAGGACCCUCUGAAUCGAGCAAUUGCAAGCAUAUGAAAAGGAAGGGAAAAUACGCCGGAGAGGACGUUGCAAACAAAAAGAAAAGAGGUACCAAUGCUGACAUUAGACAUGCUAAUGGAACAAAAACGAUGGAAAAACAAUGUAAGAAAGUGAAGCCGCCACCAUCCCAGAUAACCUCCACGAAGCACGAGGGAUCCUAUUCAGUCAUCAAGAAUUUGAACAGAGACCAUGCAGCAACUCUAGAGAAGCAAGAAAUUCAUUCACCCAGGACCCCCGAUUUAUCUGUCCAGCCACAGAAAAACAUUUGCCCAUUCAUCGAGAAAAAGGAACAUUAUUCAGGAACUACGGCAGCUACGGUCCAUAUCAUAUCAGGGAGCAGAGAACUUCUACCAAUAAAAGAUGCUGGAGAGCAAGUUGCAAGCAAGGGGCAAUACUCCAAAAGGAUCUGUUUAGACUCCUCAAAACUGGCUGAAGCAGGGAAUUGCAAGCUGACUAAAAGGACGGGGAAACGUAAGAAAGUGAAGCCGCCACCAUCCCAGAUAACCUCCACGAAGCACGAGGGAUCCUAUUCAGUCAUCAAGAAUUUGAACAGAGACCAUGCAGCAACUCUAGAGAAGCAAGAAAUUCAUUCACCCAGGACCCCCGAUUUAUCUGUCCAGCCACAGAAAAACAUUUGCCCAUUCAUCGAGAAAAAGGAACAUUAUUCAGGAACUACGGCAGCUACGGUCCAUAUCAUAUCAGGGAGCAGAGAACUUCUACCAAUAAAAGAUGCUGGAGAGCAAGUUGCAAGCAAGGGGCAAUACUCCAAAAGGAUCUGUUUAGACUCCUCAAAACUGGCUGAAGCAGGGAAUUGCAAGCUGACUAAAAGGACGGGGAAACGUAGUAAAUUGGAGCAGAAUACUGCUGUCGGACCAAGCUCAGUCCAUGAAAGGGCUCUAUUGCCGAAGCACUCCAGUCGCCCUGAUCAGGCGCAGAUACCCCUUACCCCAGUCCUGAAGAAAAAGGAGGAUGCAUCUGGAACUACGAAGGCUUAUGUUAGAACUACAGAGGUCUCCAUCGCGUCUGAAAGAACGAUAGUCGUGCAGCCAAAAAAAUGUAAGAAAGUAAAGCCGCCACCAUUCCAGACGACGUCCACAAAGGAGGAUGGAUCGUGUUCCGCCCUGAUAAAAACAAAAAGGAAGGAUGGAGCACGGCUAGAGAAGGAGGAAAUCAUUCAAUCACCGAGGACCCCUGAAAAAAGGAAACUUAUGACUACGGGAGCUCGGAUGAUAUCAGCGACAAGCGAUUCCCCUAAGAAAAGUAGUAAAUUGGAGCAGAAUACUGCUGUCGGACCAAGCUCAGUCCAUGAAAGGGCUCUAUUGCCGAAGCACCCCAGUCGCCCUGAUCAGGCGCAGAUGCCCCUUACCCCAGUCCUGAAGAAAAAGGAGGAUGCAUCUGGAACUACGAAGGCUCAUGUUAGAACUACAGAGGUCUCCAUCGCGUCUGAGAGAACGAUAGUCGUGCAGCCAAAGAAAUGUAAGAAAGUGAAGCCGCUAGCAUUUCAGAAAACGUCCACAAAAGAGGAUGGACCCCGUUCCACCGUGAUAAAAACGAAAAUAAAGGAUAAUGUACGGCUAGAGAAGGAAGAAAUCAUUCAAUCACCGAGGACCCCUGAAAAAAGGAAACUUAUGACUACGGGAGCUCGGGUGAUAUCCGUGACAAGCGAUUUCCCUAAGAAGAGUAAGAAAGUAAAGCCGCCACCAUUCCAGACGACGUCCACAAAGGAGGAUGGACCCCGUUCCACUGUGAUUAAAAUGAAACUGAAGGAUGGAGCACGGCCAGAGAAGGAAGAUAUCUUUCAAUCAUCAAGGACCCCUGAAAAAAGGAACCCAAUGACUACGGGAGCUCGGGUGAUAUCAGCGACAAGCGAUUCCCCUAAGAAAAGUAAGAAAGUAAAGCCGCCACCAUUCCAGACGACGUCCACAAAGGAGGAUGGAUCGUGUUCCGCCCUGAUAAAAACGAAAAGGAAGGGUGGAGCACGGCUAGAGAAGGAGGAAAUCAUUCAAUCACCAAGGACCCCUGAAAAAAGGAAACUUAUGACAACGGGAGCUCGGAUGAUAUCAGCGACCGGCGAUUCCCCUACGAAAAGUAUGAAUGCCAAACUACCAAAACGCCUGGACGGAGCUACCAAGGGCAAUGCUUCAGGAAUGAGGAAUGCUACCACCGUCCACAUGACUAAGGUCCACACUUCUCACUAUUACAUGGCGCCGGAGAUAUCAGCAGUUGUGCAACCAACGCUUAUGAAAUGUACAGAUAUCAAACCAUCACUUACCACACAGGGUAAUACCGAUUUCAAAAAUCAAAACAACAAUGUCAAAUCCUGUUCAGCACAGGACAUUGCUCUGUUACAAAAGAAAAGAAAAGCAUCUGCCCAAGCACAGAGACCCAAUGCCCCAAAGAAAAGGAAAGAGGUACCGGAAUCAACAGAGAAUUCGGCUAAUAUCCGCACUCAUCAAGUCCCCAUUGCACCCGAAAUGUCAGCUGAUGUGCAACAUAAAAAGAAAUAUGCUAAAGUGAAGGUUGCGAGCAAAGGACAAUGUUCCAAAGGGAUCAGUGCAGACGCUUCAAGGCCCGCUGAAACGGGAAAGUCCAUGCGCACCAAAAGGUCGAAGAAAUAUGCCGAACAGGAUGUUGAAAGCAAAAAGGGGAGAAUCAACGAGUCUCGUAAUACCCAUCAGUCUAAACGAACUGAUAAGACAGAAAAACAAUUUGAUGCUCUUAUGCAGCCAAGGGUUGUGAAUCUACUAGGAAGCGUCACUGAUGGUUCUACUAUUGAUGAUGUGGGCAGCCAGCAACAAAUGAAGGAGAUGGACAGCAGGCAACAAAUGACUUAUCAUUUCGAAGAAACUGCCGAGAAAGUUUAUGCUGUAAUGCAGCCAGUUGUUGUGGAUUUGUGUAGGAGCUCUGACGGUUCUUCUUUAGAGACUGAUGUUAUAUAUCCAAUUGUCACCUCUACCCAUGCCAAAAGACAAUGCGGAAGUGAAGACUGUACCAUCGAUUGUCCGAUCAUCACCUCUACCCCUGCCAAAGGACAAUGCGGAAGUAAUGAAUUUACCAUCGAUACAACAGCUAACAAGGCCUUUUGCAAUCAGGACGAGAGUAGCCGACUGAUGGCAUGUAUCUUGGAGGAAACCACGGAGAAAGAUACUUACACGUGCGGGGGAUGCAAGAGAACCUUUAACGACUUAGAUAGAUUCAUAGCACACAAGCAUACGCUGUGUAGGGGUGAUAGCAAAAACGUUCCAAGUAUUGUCUUGAAAGAAGAGAAGAGCGCUGACGAGGGUACAAGGCAACCAACUCAAGAAAACACGCAUCUGCUGUCAUGGGUGGAGAGGAGUCAGCCUGAUGGUCAGGAAGGAAUGACAAAUCUGCAAUUAUUUGUGGGAAGAGGCCAGCCAGAUGGCCAGGAACGAACUGAGAAAAAAGGUCACACCACUGCAAGUGGGGGAGAUUGUCAUGACGACGGAGAUUUUGUUUGCAUGCGAUCCUUCCAGUUGCAAGUGUCAUUUGAAGAUGAAGAUGAUUCAAUUAUUGGGCAAACCGAGCACGAAUCUAAUGAGGGGCGUAUAUUGCAGGAAUUAACAGAUGAAAAUGCAGAUCGACACUCAACAAAGGGGGCUGGGGGUCUAGUGCAGGAGCCAACAGAGGAAGAUGCUGAUAAAAAAUCAACUGUGGGGAGUCUAGUACAGGAGCCAACAAAGGAAGAUUCUGAUCGACAAUCAAUUGAGGCGAGUCUAGUGCACGAGUCAACAGACGGAGAUGCCGAACAACAAUCAACAGAUGGGUCAAAAGAUGGGAGUCUAGUGCAGGAGUCAACAGACGGAGAUGACGAUCGACAAUCAACAGAGGGGUCAAAAGAUGGGAGUCUAGUGCAGGAGUCAACAGACGGAGAUGACGAUCAACAAUCAACAGAUGGGUCAAAAGAUGGGAGUCUAGUGCAGGAGUCAACAGACGGAGAUGCCGAACAACAAUCAACAGAGGGGUCAACAGAUGGGAGUCUAGUGCAGGAGUCAACAGACGGAGAUGACGAUCAACAAUCAACAGAUGGGUCAAAAGAUGGGAGUCUAGUGCAGGAGUCAACAGACGGAGAUGCCGAACAACAAUCAACAGAGGGGUCAACAGAUGGGAGUCUAGUGCAGGAGUCAACAGACGGAGAUGACGAUCAACAAUCAACAGAGGGGUCAACAGAUGGGAGUCUAGUGCAGGAGUCAACAGACGGAGAUGACGAUCAACAAUCAACAGAGGGGUCAAAAGAUGGGAGUCUAGUGCAGGAGUCAACAGACGGAGAUGACGAUCGACAAUCAACAGAGGGGUCAAAAGAUGGGAUUCUGAUGCAGGAGUCAACAGACGGAGAUGACGAAGAUGCUGAUCAACAAUCAACAGAGGGCUCAAAAGAUGGGAGUCACGUGCAGGAAUCAACAAACGGAGAUGACGAUCGACAAUCAACAGAUGGGAGUCUAGUGCAGGAGCCAACAGAGGAAGAUGCUGAUCAACAAUCAACAGAUGGGAGUCUAGUGGAGGAGCCAACGGAGGAAGAUGACGAUCAACAGUCAACAGAUGGGAGUCUAGUGGAGGAGCUAACGGAGGAAGAUGACGAUCAACAAUCAACAGAUGGGAGUCUAGUGCAGGAGCCAACAGAGGAAGAUGCUGAUCAACAAUCAACAGAUGGGAGUCUAGUGGAGGAGCCAACAGAGGAAGAUGCUGAUCAACAAUCAACAGAUGGGAGUCUAGUGGAGGAGCUAACGGAGGAAGAUGACGAUCAACAAUCAACAGAUGGGAGUCUAGUGGAGGAGCUAACGGAGGAAGAUGACGAUCAUCAAUCAACAGAUGGGAGUCUAGUGCAGGAGCCAACAGAGGAAGAUGCUGAUCAACAAUCAACAGAUGGGAGUCUAGUGGAGGAGCUAACGGAGGAAGAUGACGAUCAACAAUCAACAGAUGGGAGUCUAGUAGAGGAGCAAACGGAGGAAGAUGACGAUCAACAAUCAACAGAUGGGAGUCUAGUGCAAGAGUCGAUAGAUGGAGAUGACGAUACUCAGGAAUCAACAAAUGGAGAUGCUGAUCGACAAUCAACAGAAGGAAGUCUAGUGCAGGUGUCGAUUGAUGAGGAAUCAACAGAGGGAAGCCUAUGGCAGGAGCCAGAUGAUGGGGAACCUGACCGCCAAUCGACAGAUGGGAGCGAACUGCAGGAAUCAAAUUCUGUUGAAGCAGAUCAUCAAUCAACAGAAGGGAGUGAUUCAGAAAAUUUAAUUGACGAGGAUGCCGAGAAGAAAAAAGAGUGUGUAUCAGGACCAGGCGAUGUAAAAUCCAAGUAUCCAUCAGUGACGGUUCCUGGGUUUCGUAGAAAAGAAGAUGGUUCCAGAAACUACGAUAGACGUCAUGCAUGUUAUUACUGUGGACGGUUGGUGGCAAAGAUACGAAGGCAUUUAGAACAGUGUCAUGGAGAUGAGGUGGAGGUUAUUCGCAUCCUUGCAUUAAAUGACAAGCAAAGAGCGUCUAAAGAGAUUGAAAGGAUUCGUUUGAAAGGAAAUUUUAAUCAUAAUAUCAAUGUGCUGCACUUAGGGGAAGGUGAACUCAUAGUCUCGAGGCGUCCAAGUGGUAGGCGCAAUGCUGAUGAAUAUCUGCCAUGUGUCCACUGCUUGGUAUUCCUCCAUCAGGAUGAAGUGUGCAGGCAUGCAAAGAUAUGCCAGUUCAAUCCGGGCUCAGCUGCCGCGGCUGCCGAUGAUGACAUAGAUGAUGACGAUGCCAAUGACAACGACACUCACCAAGACCGUGUGCAGUCAUCAAAGGUGCAAAGUCGUAUUUUCCUGGAUGCUGCAACAAUUGGAAAUGACGGUAGUGCGGCUGAAUGGUGUCAGCUUAAGGAAGCGGUUAUCUAUCAGAUGCGACAUGACACUGUGGUAUCGAUAAUUGAAAAAGAUUCCCUCAUAAUGAAGUUUGGGGUGAUCUUGCUGAACAAACUUGGUCACAAAAAGCGAAACAUCAUAUCUCAGCGUCUGCGUCAGCUAGGGAGAUUCCUUAUUGCCUUCCGUACAUUACACAAUGACAACUUCAUCUCCCUAUCUGAAAUAUUAUGUGGGAAACAUUUUGAUGUCGCAGUGAAAGCAACUAGGGAGCUUUGUUGCGUGAGUAAGGAGACAACAAUGACUGGUGUAAAUCUAUUGGACAGUCCGAGCAUUGGUCUCCACAUCGGACAUACGCUGAGGAAGUGUGCGCUGGUGAAACACGGUAUUGGGUUAAGGAGAAUGGACAAUGCCAUGGUUGACGAAGCUCAAGUAUUCCUCCAGUUGUUUAAUGCCGAGUGGACUGAAUUAGUAUCAUCUCAUGCACUACAGAGUCUCAAGGAACGUAAAUACAACAGCGUUGAACUGAUUCCUAUUACUGCCGAUUUAAUUAAGCUGCGUGGGCAUCUUCAAAAGAUUUUGCCUGAACUUGAGACAGAUCUCCAGCAGAACACAUCACCAGCUUCAUGGCGAAAACUCGCGGAGGUCGUAUUUUCAAUCGUGACAUUGUUUAACAAGCGGAGAGGCGGUGAGGUCGCAAGGAUGCACCUAUCAUGCUUUGUUGAGAGGCCAAAGUGGAAGGAACAUCGAAACGAAGACAUCCUAUUAUCACUCUCUGCACUUGAACUGAGGCUGAUGGACAGCUUAGACAUGGUCCAAUUACCCGGAAAGCGUAACAGAAAAGUGCCGUUACUCCUCAAGCCGGACUGGAUAAGAGCGAUGCAGCUUCUUGUUGAAAAGCGAACCGAAUGCGGUGUUGACAGUGAAUAUUUCUUUGCGAUUCCUGGAGCAAAGUCGUAUCUAUCACCUUGGAAGGUACUGAAUAAUCAUGCGAAAUUGGCAGAAUGCUCAAGACCUGAUCUCAUAUCAACAACGAAGCUGAGAAAAUACACCGCAACUGUCACGCAGAUACUAGGAUUACAACCUGGAGAGUUGGAGUGGCUGGGAAACCAUCUAGGCCAUACCGUGGAGGUUCACAAGGAUUCGUAUCGCUUGCACGAAUCGACGAUUGAAAUGGCGAAGGUAUCCAAGGUUCUUUUGGCCAUUGAAAACGGUACAGCGGGAAAUUUCCAGGGAAAAUCAUUGAAUGAGAUUCAGCUAGACGAUGUUGUGUUGCCUGAUGGCAGUUUAGACGAUGGAAGCAUCAACGAAGAUCCAUCCAUGACAGAAGGUCUCAAUGAUUCAAAGGGCAAUGGAAAGGUUUCGAAGUGUAGCCGUGCGACUGUGCCAAAUGGAAGAAAGACAUUAAAGGGGUGCGAAAAGAACAAGUUGGUGGAAAAGAAUAAGAAAGGUCAGCAAAGUUCCGAACACUCUCGUCGUCCAAAACGGAGUACAAAAGAAGUCAAAUACGAUGUAGGUGAAACUGAAGUUUUAGAUGAUUCCUUCAUCGAUGCUGAUUACAGAGAGGAAUCCACCAGUGACUCCAGCAGUGAUUCCGGAAAUGACAGCUUACAAUCGGAAAAUAUGCCACCUAAGGUAACCAAAGCUAAAGAUUCAAAGUCUGGUAAGAAAACAUGGGUUAAAUGGUCAAACGGAGAAAUUGCUAUUCUCCAGACUCAUUUUCAAUGUAAUAUUAGAAAUGACAGAGUUCCCAGAAAGGCUGACGUUGAUAAGGUUAUGAAUAAGUUCCCGGUCUUACAAACACGGAAUUGGGUGCAAAUCAAGAGUAAAGUUCAAAAUCUGAUUAAACGUAAAUCAAGUCUUCGUAGUGAUAUACUGAAAAAGGGAUCAGAGAGGCUGUGAUAGGCCUACUGGGGCACAACUGAAAAUUCAAAGGUGACGCCGUAGCAUGCCUGCAUUAUUUGAUUACAGUGAAACCUGUCUAAUGGAAACAGUCACGGUGCCCGAAAAAAAGUUGACAUUAGACGGGUGUUUCCAUUAUGCAGGUUGAAAAGAUUGACACAAGUCACGUGUGUUCAUCAAUGACAAUGACAUUGUUAAACAGUAAUUAAGAACUGAUUGCCACAAGCAUGCUUUACAAAGGGUCUCAAUGACAAUGAUUGCAUCAAAUUAGUUGUUUCGAACAUCAUCAAUGGAUGCUAAUCACAGUGCUUUUCACUAAUUACUUCACCUAGCAAACAAUUAUGGUGUGAAGGUACUGCAUAUGGCCAGAUGAAGCAUGUAAUUAAGCAGGAUAUUGGUGAGAGUUUCCAUUAUAAUACAGGUCAAAAUGGCCUGCGGGAUAGGAUUUUUGGUUGAAAGUGUCCAAUAGAGAGGUGUUUCCAUUAGCUAAUGGAAUUGCUAUUAAGAAAUGCCGGGACCAAGAAAAUAGUUGAAAUUAGAGAGGUGUUUCCUUUUUACAGGGUGAAACUAGACAGGUUUCACUGUACUAAAUCAAUACCAGCAUGUUGAUUUUGCCAAAAGGAGCCGCACUGUUGAGAUGGAAAUCCGUCCAACAUAUGUUUUUGAUGGCACUACUUCAUAUAACAAGGCCAUCUAGCCACACGUCUUUCAACCUCCUGCUUCUUCUGGCGUCUUGCCCAUUUGUCAUAGGUGGACCUAUUAAAGGGCUUGUAACCCGACUUCAACCCCGAUUUCAACAAGAAUGCGCGCCCCUCGUGAUUACUCAUUCAAUCAUAGAACGCUCCACGCAUACAAUGCACAUAGGACUGGCUUUAUACAAGGUAGCCUGCCAACGCAUGGACUGUGAGUGCGACAGGUUUUAACUCAGUGAUUCGACGUUCGUGUUACCUUCAUGUUACCAUUGCUGCGAGUUAGGUUGACAGUACCGGCACCAACAAGGGCUUUUCCAGCUGUUCCUUGAAGUAAUCCUUCAAUGGGGUAGUUGUAAAACAAGAAACACAGAAACGAAACAGAAACACAGAAACACAGAAACGAAACGCAGAAACCAGUCUUGUGGCGAAUUCUGGUCUGCAGACUCCAUCUUGUUGCCAUGGUUGUGGCCGCGAACGCGGGUGUAACUAAAACUGGUAUUCAGUCGGAAUGGAAGGAGGAAUGCUCAUUUCCCAAUACCCCUUUUAGCCUCAUCAACGUGUGCGCAGAUUGGCAGCAUCCGGCCUUGAUCGUGCCCCUGACCAAAAACGGCCCCAAGUCGAAACGGCCCCACUUUAUUUAUUAUGUACAAUAGAACAUGACUCUCUAUUCGAACUCGCUAUUCUUUUGUACAUUCCAUGGCCUGUGCACGACACUAGGCUGAACUUCCCUACUGCAACCUCAUUAACAUAAACAGAUAUUUAAAGGGACUAUUUAAAGGCAGCAGCUGGGCAGGCAAGAUUGAGUUACUCCAAGUCCAAGUCUAGUGCCCGCC